GCGAGCAAAUACUAGUGCCUUCGUUAGAGAUAGAAGAGACGGACAAGGUCAAUACAUUAAAAGUCUGGGGCCCUUUACAGACAGUACUUUGCGGACGUGCCAGUUCGCGACGUAUGCAGACCCCAGGAACUCUGUAUGAGGAAUUUCCACAUACCCGCUUUUGGAUAUUACUAUAUACCUUCACGUCGAAGUACUACGCAGUAGUACUAACCAUCCCCUUCCAUUCUGCCUUUACCACCUGUGCAUAGUUGAUCAUGAAUCGCAUAUUCGGCUCUUCUUCAACCAAGAAGCCAAAGUCGACCCUCCAGGAUGCUAUCAACGCAACAGAUGCACGCGUUGCCUCCGUAGAAGUAAAGAUCAGGAAGUUAGAUGGGGAGCUCUUGCGCUAUAAGGAGCAAAUGAGCAAACUGCGCAGUGGACCUGGUAAAAAUGCGAUCCAACAACGAGCUUUGAGAGUACUGCAACAGAAGAAGCUGUAUGAGGGGCAACUGAACCAGCUCCAGCAGCAGACAUUCAAUAUGGAGUCCGCUGCUCUCACCACCGAUAACCUACGGAAUACGAUGGCCACUGUGGAUGCCAUGAAACUGGCGAACAAGGAGAUGCGUAAACAGUACGGAAAGAUUGAUAUCGACAAGAUUGAGAAUAUGCAUUAUGAUAUGGAAGAGCUUCUGGAACAGGCAAAUGAGAUACAAGAGUCACUAGGUCGGUCAUACGCCGUUCCAGAUGAGAUUGACGAAGCAGAUCUUGAGGCUGAAUUGGAUGCCUUACAGCUCGAGGAAGAGGAAGAAGGUCCCUCAUAUCUUGCAGACCUCAACAAGGUCCCAGAUUUCCUCGAUGAUACUCCUGUAGAGACAAGCGAGCCAGCCACAAAGGAGGCCGUUAAGACUACAUGAUGGGCUUUCGAAGCUUAUAUUGUGCCUGUCUCCUUAAAGACGAGUAAACAUGUAUCCUGCGGUAAUAAUGUACACUAGUAAAUCCUACACAUACCACCACUUCAUAGAGAAUGACAAGAUAAUCUGCUCCGCCGCGAACACCACAUCAGCCAUAUCUCUUCUGUUCGCCGCUAAACCAGUCGUCAGUUUGAGACUCAUCAGCCGACGCCACAUUAACGAUGAUCGAUUUGCUCUGAGAGUAAGCUUCCAAUGCCUCGAUGCCAUUUUCCCGACCUAUACCACUCUCCUUCAUACCACCCCUUACAUGCCACCAUGAGAUUGUGCAAUGAUGAUCAUUGGCUGAGUCACUCACCAUGGCGAGCUUGGGUCAUUGC